AUGGCCAAACACAGGCCAAUGUGCUAUUAUAUGAUGAAUAACGAUUGUGUUGAGGAGCAAAAUGCAUUCUUCGAAAGUUCGGACGAAGGAUUGAAAAACCAUCUAAAGCCUUUGUUUAUUAGAGGAAAGGUGGAAGAUGUUGGAGUCAACAAGAUUCUAGUAGAUGGUGGGGCGACAAUUAACUUAAUGAUGCAGUUCAUGUUAAAAAGGAUUGGUAAAUUCGACACUAACGUGAAACCAUAUAAUAUGGUUUUAUCGAAUUAUGAAGCACAAAUUGGUCAUACUCUAGGAGUAAUUCACGUUGACCUAACAAUUGGCUUUAUUAUAAGGCCAACUAUGUUCAUUGUCAUAACAUCAAGGGCCAAUUACAAUCUACUCUUGAGUCGUGAGUGGAUUCAUGAGAUUGGAGCGGUACCAUCUUCGCUCUAUCAAAGGAUUUCAAUAUGGAGAGAUGACGACAUUGUGAAAAACAUUGAGGUCAACUAA